UCAGAUCUGUAAACUGUCAUAGGAGGUCCCUGAUCCUGCUCUUCUCCGCUGAUGUGGAGCGAUAUACCAGUUUAUGCUUUCCUUUUGAUCAUGUCGACGACGGGGACUCUUUCGGCAGUUUGCUCACCCUCAUAGAACAGUACGUGCAUUUUACAGAUGCAGGAUGCGGUGGUGUCCCAGCUCACUGCUUCACUUGCUGCGCUGUGUGCGGCUGCGAUCGUGUACCAGGAGAGGAAGAACCAGAGUGCCUCUUUGGAUUAGGGAAAUAUGGGCUUACAUGAAGCUGCUGGUGCGGUCACUGUACUUCAACACCCUGACAGACUCUGAUGUUGUUUUUGACUCAGUCUUUGAGCCGGUGUUUUGGACGGUGGAUUAUGUCACCCGCUGGUUUGGCACAGUGUUUGUCUGUCUGGUGGUGAUGCUGACCAGCUCCAUUGUAGUGAUAGCAUAUGUUGUUCUGCUCCCUCUGGUACUCAACACAUACACCCCUCCAUGGAUUGCUUGGCAUGUCUGUUUUGGACACUGGAUCAUCAUCAUGAUUGCUUUUCAUUACUUCAAGGCUGCCAAGACACCCCCUGGUUACCUCCCUUCUGAAAAAAAUGACAGUCCAUUUGUGGCAGUCUGCAAAAAAUGCAUCAUGCCUAAACCAGCAAGGACACACCACUGUGGCAUCUGUAACAGGUGCAUCCUGAAAAUGGACCAUCACUGCCCCUGGUUGAAUAACUGUGUGGGCCACUUUAACCACCGUUACUUCUUCUCCUUCUGCUUCUUCAUGACCUUGGGCUGUGUCUACUGCAGCAUCAGUGGCAGAAAUCUGUUCCUUGAUGCAUACAAUGCUCUUGAGCGAUUUAAGCAUUUGGACUUGGAAAAGCCGGGGGUACCAGUAACAGGGAUGGGACAAAUUAUAGGGCUUCUGCCCCCUGGCCAGACCAACUUCCUGACACCAGCACCUCCAUACACCUUUAAGGAUAAGAUGAUUCAUAAGUGCAUCAUCUACAUGUGGGUGCUUACCAGCACAGUGGGGGUGGCCCUGGGAGCUCUGACCAUUUGGCAUGCAGUCCUCAUAUCCAGAGGAGAGACCAGCAUAGAGAGGCACAUUAACGGCAAAGAGGCAAAGAGAAUGGCAAAACAAGGAAGGGUGUACAGAAACCCUUUUAACUACGGCAGGCUGAAUAACUGGAAAGUCUUCUUGGGGAUAGAGAAAAGGAGUCACUGGGUGACGCGGGUUCUCCUCCCCUCCGCACACGCCCCACAUGGCGAUGGUCUGACGUGGGAGGUCUUCCAGCUUAAAAAGGACUUAAUACCAGUAUGACAGACUCUACUUAGGCACCCUUGUGGCCUAAAUUCUGCAGUUUUUGCUGUGUUAACACAGCUCUGGUCAUUUGAUCAGGUUGGUUUAAAGGGAUCCCUGCAUGGUGGCUCUGUUCAACUCAAACAUGGAGUCAUGUCAACCUUGAAUACCUCAGAUAUCUUGCUUUGGCGUUGCACAUGGUUUGAUGGUCUACAUUUUUCACCAGUGACAAGGCAAUUUGUCACUGACUGCUCGUUCUCUACAAACUGGUCCCAGUUGACUCAGAGCAUUGCACUGGGAUGGGUUUGAUAUUUCUCAAAGCGAGAUAUGCACACGGACAUAUCAUCGACUAAAAUCUUUCUGCUGAGUUUAACUUAUAAGGGAAAAACAAGAAUAAUCACUCCAACAUUUAGGACACUUCUGACACUUUGAUCUCCUUGUUCAAUGUUCAUACUCUUUUAAUAGUCCAACAUUAUCACCUGAAAACAACUUCAGAGGGAAACUGCUGUACUAUGAAAAUGUG